AUCAAUUUGAUAUAAAUAUGAGGCAAAACAAAAUACCUAAUACAUAUCAGAAAGAUAAAGUCUUUCAAUCUUAAAAGGGGAUCUUUUUAAUAUCACUAAAACUAACUUAAAACUAAUAGUAUUAUUUUAUUGUAUACGAAUUAUCUACAUUCAAUAUUUUAUAAUUGGCAUUACAAGAAUAAAAGAAGAAUACAAAAGAAAAUCCAUUGUGAAAAAUGGAGAUAGCCAACUCAGCAAACCCAUUGGGAACACUUCAGAUGGUCUCCAUCUUGAGUUGCGUGAGAUCAUUGACUGAUGUUCUCUACGCUGAAAAUUUUCUCAACACUGGUGAUCAAUAUAAACCAACACAAAUAGUAAAUGGCUUGUUUCACUAUAUUUUGGACAAAAAUAAUUUUGACAUCAACCAAAGAAAACAACAUUUAUUUGAAAGAAUUGGAAAUAAUUGUAAUCUAACUGAAACCAAAGAUCUCAAUAUCAUUAACAAAAAGCUAAAACAAAUUGUUGAAUAUCUCAUCUUUAAUGAAUACAAAAGCAUUGAUGAAUUUAUGAAAAAUAUAUUGGCAUUAAAUUCUUCCAGUGAAUUAUCACAGCUUUUUAAAGAAACGCUACAAGAUGAAUUAUUUUUGCAAAAUACAGAAGUAAAAUCAAAAACCGAAGGAAAAAUUCGUUCAAAACGUUCGCCAUUGAGACGAAUAUUAAUACCUGUAGCAAAAAAAUUACCAGAUGCUGCCAAUAUAUUUUUAAAGAAUGCAAAACUCUUAGGUAAGCCUGUUCGACAAGAAUUAGUAACAAAAUUUGAUUUCGAAGAAGUAGAACGAAAUAAAUUACAAGACAUAACCAGUAAAUUUCAAAGUAAACCAAUCGAUGUAAAUAAUCCCAUCAAAAUCAUAGACGCCGAUAUUUUUAAUCAAAUGAAAUAUUUAGAAGUAAUAGACAAAUCAGAUUUAUCAAUCAAUGAAGCAGUAAAAAGAAUUGAUUUUCUAUAUCCAAUCAAAGAAAAUCAGGAUAUUCGAAAAGAAUUAAAUGUUGAGGAUGUAUUGAAUGAUUUUAAAAAGAAAAAAGCUUACAAGGACAUGAAAUUAGAAGAUUACUAUGCUAUAAGAUGGUAUGGCGUUCAAGGUCACAGGAAAAUGGGUGGAAAUUCAGAUCAGGCACGACGAAUGGAAAAUGCAAUAUUAAGAUUGUCCAUUAGACAAUUUUUUACACCUGAAGAAGAAUAUUCUCAAAAUUUAUAUAGAGGUGAAUUAAGAAAUACAAAAGACGUUGAAAAAGAACUUUCUGCAAAUGAAUUUCAAUUCACUAGAUUUACAUCGGCAUCGACUGAUAAAAAUAUGGCUAUCUCAUAUUCUGGAGGUAAAAAAUCCGAACCUGGAAAAACAAGUGUAUUGUAUGAAAUGAAUUUCAAUGAACCAAUAAUAAGAGCAAGGGUACAUCAUUUAAUGGUUAAGGAUGAAAGUGAAACAAUUUUAAUUCCUGGUACUAAAUUUCAUAUUGAAAGUAAAAAGGAAAUUAAAAGUUGUAAGGCAAAAGAAUUGGACGCUGAUGUUAGAUGUUUAAUUGUUAAAAUUUCAGCGUUGGAUAAUAAAAAUACAGUAGCUGAACGUAGACAAAAAAUUUUGGAUGAAGUUAAAGCAUUAGCACAAAGUGGAACAAAAUUUUAUUAUGAUCCACCAAAAUAGAAGUAAUUUUUUUUCUUUAUAUGGAUAACAAAAAAAAGUAUCCACAUUAGUGAUUUAUAAUUUUUGUUCGUAAAUUAUAACUUUCUGAAUGUACUAAAUAAAUACGUAUUGUGUGAAA